AAUGGCUCUCGUUCAGCUGUCCCGCCCCUCCCAUCCCGCCAGAAGGCGUGCUGUCUUCAACACGCCUAUCCUCGCACCCAACAACCCAACACGAGAGGUGGUUGUGUAUUUGGCCCUGGCAUCGCGUUAACCCUCAUUCGGUGGCGGCUGCAUCUAUCUGAUGCUGAUUAGUCGUUCCGAAGUUCACGUUGCCAAGACCUUCCCUGUCAUCUCGCAUAAUUAUCACGUACGUAUCACCAGGACGCUAAACAUUGAGCUCCUCUCCGAAGGAUGUCAACCAUACCUGAGCCGCCGCUUUGGACCAGUGCCUGCGUACAGUACUUACAGUAGAUUCCGGGCUUACUGGGAUUGGCUGCUCUGCAUUCGGAAUUGCGUCCCAACAGAGCUGACUUCCAAGCUGAGGAGGGGUCCUCGAAUCUCGUCUCGGCCUAAUUUGUCUUUGAGGAGCAACCUAGUGUCAACAGCAUCAGCCCUUCCGCUCGGCUCGGGCAGUUCUCGAUCCGAUCUCUCAACUUUGGCGUUGUCUAAAUACCAGAUUCCCUGUCCUUCCCCGCGAAAUUCGGCACCAUGGCCGUACACGCUCGAUUGCCGCAUCCAACAGCAACAGGGGCAACUGCCAUGUAUAAGUCCUGGGUGUCUCCCACUCACCCUGGUCUCCAAAGUUCCUAACGCAAUAUUGCUACCGAGCCGUCAUAACUUCCAUAUAUGUCUUUAGGGUUCGCCGAAGAGCCAAAUACAAUACCGAUACAUAUCUGUGCGACUGGGGGCCGUCAGGAUCAAGAGCGUGCCUAUCGCAAUAUUCCACUCACUCCAGCCGUUGUGUAAGUCAGGACUUCCUUUCCGAGCCCCCUUAUCCUAUUGGGCAAUGAACGUCAAUCCACUCUUGCCGGCUCAGUCGGACUCUGGCUCUUUGGCGCCGACACAGACUGCCUACGAUAAAGCCUCGAGUAUCAGGCCCGCGGUUUGAUGAUAUCGACGGUG